GACGUCGCCGUCCACACACACAAGCACAAGCACGCGCACUCGUGCCCGCUCCUAAGACGCACGGGCCGUCGCCGCUCCGCCCGCUGAUCUCAAUGUGGGGAAAUGACCGCGAGUGACCUCGAAGCGAACGCAGAGUUGUAGCGGCCGCUCGUCCCCCGCCGGAGCCCCAGGGUGCGUUCGUCUUUACCGGGGGAUAGUCUACCGGGGGCGGCACCACCGGCCGGCUCCGUGUAACGUUGAGCGGGGUCGCCGCUCGGAAGCGGCGGAGCUAACGUUAGCUUAGCCUAGCGGCCGGCGGUCUGUCAUCCACCUACUGUCGAUGCUAAGCUAAGCUAGGCUAGCCGCUGCCAUGGAUACAGCCGAGUCAGUGGUGGAUAAGAAAGGAGCGUCGGGACCCUUUCACGUCAACAACGGGCCGAGCCCGAGGGGGUUUCACGGUAACGGCAGCUGCUGCGGCGGCGGAUCGGGCCCCGCGGCACCGGAGGAAGCGCAUCACCUGCACCGCGGCGGGGAGGACGCGGAGUGCAACGGCUCCCCGGCCAAGAGGAGCCGGCUGCGGAGGAGGACGGAGUCUGUGAAGCGGAACAGACCCCGAACAGCUCAACGGAGCAAUAUGGCGUUAAGUGUCUCGCCCAAGGACACGUCAACUAGCGGAGCCGGGGAUCAAACCACCGGUCCUCUGAUUGAAGGACAGCCCUGCUCUACCACUGAACCUCACUACAGAUGUACAAGAAACGUUGUGGAAAUGUGUAGAGGAACAGCUCAAGGGAGCAAUUUGGGGUUAAGUGUCUCGCCCAAGGACACGUCAACUAGCGGAGCCGGGGGUCAAACCACCGGUCCUCUGAUUGAAGGACAGCCCUGCUCUACCACUGAGCCGCAUUCGCCUCACUACAGAUGUACAAGAAACGUCGUGGAAAUGUGUAGAGCCUUCCCCUGGUUCGGCAUGGACAUCGGAGGCACCUUGGUGAAGUUGGUUUACUUCGAGCCGGUCGAUGUAACUGCAGAGGAAGAGCAGGAAGAAGUGGAAAACCUCAAGUCCAUCCGCCGCUACCUCACCUCAAACGUGGCCUACGGUAAAACGGGCGUGCGUGACGUCCACCUGGAGCUGAGGAACCUGACCAUGUGCGGCCGGACGGGGAACCUGCACUUCAUCCGCUUCCCCACGCAGGCCAUGCCCCGCUUCAUCCAGAUGGGCCGAGACAAGAACUUCUCCAGCCUGCACACCACGCUCUGCGCCACCGGAGGCGGAGCCUACAAGUUCGAGAACGACUUCAGGACGAUGGCCGACCUGGAGCUGCUGAAGCUGGACGAGCUGGACUGCCUGAUCCGCGGCCUGCUCUUUGUGGACCGGGUGAGCUUCAACGGGCACCCAGAGGGCUACUACUUCCAGAACCCGUCAGACACCGAGAGCUGCGUGAAGAAGACCUGCACUCUGGACAACCCUUUCCCCAUGCUGCUGGUCAACAUCGGCUCCGGGGUCUCCAUCCUCGCCGUGUACUCCGAGAGCGACUACAAGCGGGUGACCGGGACCAGUCUGGGAGGCGGCACGUUCCUCGGCCUCUGCUGCCUGCUGACAGGCUGCGAGACCUUCGAGGAGGCGUUGGAGAUGGCCAGCAAGGGCGACUCCACCAACGUGGACAAGCUGGUGAAGGACAUCUACGGGGGAGACUACGAGCGCUUCGGCCUGCAGGGCUCCGCCGUGGCCUCCAGGUGAGCUUCAGAAGGUAGC